CCACGCACCAGAAGACAAGAGACACGUCGAGCAAUAAAUCCACGUGAGCAAGCGGCUCAAGGUGGUGCUACCCAAAUAAUCUGCCUUUGCCAAUUUUUCAAAAUACGAUAUAGCCACCCACAGUUCCGUUUGAGUGUUCCACUAAAAAACAUACCAUAGCUGUAUGCUGCUAGUUCGUUUUAGAAGAUAAACGAUCUAAAAACUACAAUGGAUAAAAGGUCAAUUAUAUGGAUCUUCUGCUUUGUUCUCUUCGCAACGGUCACGGGAUUGGAGGAGGAAACCGACGCAGGGCUUUUAAACAUCACCAGUAAUCACUCAAAUACUGAAAAGGUUUCAAAACUACCCAGCGAGGUGCAAAAAGCAGUGUGUACUGUGACUGCCGGGGAGGUAAAAGCAUCUGCCGAGGCUGUCACCACAAAAACCUUGAAAGGUGUCUGUGGAUCAGACGAAAUGAACACGGCCUUUCGGAAUCUGGAGAAUAAACUUUACGAGGAGCUUCGGGUCAUGAAGCUGAUUUUGGUGCAUCUGGCAAAGGCAAGCGGUCUGAAAGUCAACGCCGCUACUCCAACACCUUUCCCCACUUCACUUCCACCCAUCAAACCAAUGAAUCCCUCUGCACAGUCCCCCUUUAUGUCAAUAGAUCCUGCUAAGAGGAUAACCAAUUCAACUAAAUUUAAGGCUGAGGAAAACGAAGUUACCCCAGACUUCGGCGCUAAAAGGGCGCCAACUCUGAAGACCCUAGAGACGAAUGGUGGCACGGAUCUAGGAGCUCGAGAAGACGAAGUCGACAAGUUCAAUAACACCGUGCUGGCCGAUCAGGAUCUAAAGCUAUUCACCUACUACUGGAAACUGGAAAAUGUUACGGAGCUGAUUAAAGCCCCAAAAUUGGCCACCGUUAGUAGCCCAAUAUUUAGCUUCAAGGGCAAAUCAUUGCAACUCAAGUGCACCUUCCAUCACAUGAAUCGCGAGCUUCUGAACUUGCAAUUAGGAUACGGCAUCUUUAAUCCGGAGUCAAAAACAGGCCAAAGCGACAACAUUUUAAUGGAAAUGGACGGAAUAUUUCAGAACGCUAAGUGGAACGAAGACGUGGCGCUGAAUCAUAAGAUUUCCAUACUGGAUCAGAAUCACAUCCACCGAAGGACCCAGGACCUCAGUUCACAGGCUCUAAACAAGCUGGACAUGGGUUUCGCCAUCCCAAACAACGUACUACUGGGCAGCACGUACGUCAAGCAAAACGCUCUGUUGAUACAGAUUCUUUUAUAUUUGUGA